AUGACACUCUUCUUCUCUCAAAAUCGAAAUCGGAGAACUCGAUUCGAUUAUGGGGUUUCUCGUUACUUUUUGUCUCCAAUUGCCUUGGAAUCGAUAUGGAUUCGUGAAGAAGUUUGGGUAGGGUUUCAGCGUCUAAGAUAUUGUUCUAUGUUGUUUGGUUUGAGUACAGAGUUGGGCCGAGAUGAGCAUAUUAUGGUGACAUACAGACGAUUAUCCAAAUCUUAUCAUCUCGAUGUUGAGGAAGGAGAGACAACAGAAGCAAGAUUCAUCAAGAUUUAG